AUGGCCGCACGCAGCCCUGCACACGCCGCCGUCCUCGGAGCACUCAUCGGCGAUGCCGCUGCCAUCGGCUCGCAUUGGAUCUAUGGCGCUGGCAACGUGGCCGCACGCUUGGGGCCCUCGCCGGCCUUUGCCGCACCUGACAAGGCCAACUACGAGCCGCCGGCGUACUACGCCCACGGGACCAAGUCUGUGGGCGAGUCGACCCACCUCGGCCACGCUACCGUUGUUGCUCUCGCCGCUCUCGCCACCGCGCCGCCGUCGGCCCCUCUCGUCCCCGGCCCAGGCCCCUGGCGCGCAGCCUUCCUCGCUGCCUACGACUACGGCGGAGCCUGGGUCGGCUACAUCGACUCGGCCACCCGCGGGACCAUGGCCAACAUCAAGGCCGCCGUUGACUCUGCCGUGGUCGCCGCCGUUCCCGAUGCCGAUCCCGCGCAGGCCGCCGCCCUCGCCAAGGCCGCAAACAGCAUCGGCGGCGCUGCCGCGCUCAGCCUCGGCACGCCCGAGUACCUCCCGGCCCUCCGCAAGGCUCUGGCCGAUACCAAGGUCACAGCCCCAGGCGAUGAUGCCCUUGAGGCCUUUUCCACCGCCCUUGCUGCACCUAUCGGCGAUGGCAAUGACACUCAGACCAACGCGCUCUGCAAAGUCCUGCCGUACGUCCUUGCCGUCGACGCCGGCCUUGCCCGCGACGACGUCCUUGCGCUCGUCGCCGAUGCCAUCGCCGAGACUCAGAACAACUCCGUCUCGCAGCUCGCCAUCACCAACCUCUUCACUAUUCUGCUCGAUGUUGUCUCCGGUACUAGCAUUGCCGACGCCGUCGCUGCUGGCCUCGCCGGUCUUGACGCCGCGGUCGACGCCGGCACGCCGCAUGCCGCCGAGUACGCCAAGUACGCACACCUCGCUGUGACGCUCGCCGCUGACGGUGUCGACGACUGUGUCGCUGUUGCCGACGAGCACUUUGGCUCUGCCUGCCCGCUCGAGUUUACCCUUCCGUGCCUCUACCACGCGCUAUCGGUCGCUUCCGACUACCACGACGCCGUCAAUCGCGCCCUGCUUGUCGGCGGCGACUCGGCGGCCCGCACCGCGUAUCUAGGCGCACCUCACCUCGCAGCUCCAGGCAACGGCCGCUGA